AUGCAGGAUUCCCCCAGCUCCCUGGUGAUGGAUGGAUACUCCAGCAAUGUGCCAGCCUUCCUGACCAAACUCUGGACACUGGUGGAAGAUCCUGAGACGAACCAUCUCAUCUGCUGGAGCUCUAAUGGCACCAGCUUCCACGUGUUCGACCAGGGCCGCUUCGCCAAGGAGGUGCUGCCCAAGUACUUCAAGCACAACAACAUGGCCAGCUUCGUCCGGCAGCUCAACAUGUAUGGGUUCAGGAAGGUGGUGAACAUCGAGCAAGGGGGGCUGGUCAAGCCUGAGCGGGAUGACACUGAGUUCCAGCACCUCUGCUUCCUGCAGGGCCACGAGCACCUCCUGGAGCACAUCAAGAGGAAGGUGUCAGUAGUGAAGAGUGAGGAGACCAAGAUGCGCCAGGAGGACCUCAGCAGGCUGCUAUAUGAGGUCCAGAUACUGAGAAGCCAACAGGAGAACAUGGAGUGCCAAGUGCAGGACAUGAAGCAGCAAAAUGAAGUGCUCUGGAGGGAAGUUGUUUCCCUCCGGCAGAACCACUCACAGCAACAGAAAGUGAUCAACAAGCUGAUUCAGUUUCUGUUUGGCCAGCUCCAACCCGGCCCCAGCAGCGCUGGGAUAAAGAGGAAGCUCCCUCUGAUGCUUGACAGUGGGGUCUCAGCUCCACAAGUGUCCAAGUUCAGCCGGCAUGUGCCUGCAGACCCCCUCCACGACCCCUACUUCAUACAGUCGCCAUCAACAGAGCCUGCCUCUUGCUUAACCAGCCCUGCAGUUGCUGGAGGACCCAUCAUAUCUGAUGUUACUGAAGCAUCCCCAGCCAGCCUCAUAAAUAUGCAGCCCCCUCCUGAACAUGACAGGGAGAAGUGCCUCAUGCUGAUCAAGGAGGAGCCAGUCAGCCCUGGACUGAAAGCCAGCUCUGAGCCGGAUGUGCCCCUGCCGGGCUGCCGGGCUUGCCCCGAGCCCCCGGUGCUCCCUGUCGCCAUGGUUCAGUCUGUUCUGGAAGGCAAAGGGAGCUGUGGAGCAGCCCCAGCAGGGACAUCACAACCACCUGAGAGAAGAAGUAGAAGGGCACUGCUGGACAGAACAGAUAUUCCAGACCCAUUGGAAGGCAUGGACUGGAGCCUGGAAGGGCUGCAGCUGCUGCUGAGGAGCCAGCAGUACAGCCUGGAGCCCAGCAGCCUCUUGGAUGUCUUUAAUCCAAAUUUAUCUUUGAGUGAGUGGAACUUGACUGAAAUGGAAGCCAGCCUGUCCCCGAUGCAGCGCCUCACAGCGGACCUGGAGAAGACUGCAGCUGAGCUGCCCCCCAAAGCCUUCAACACACCCUUCGGCGGCGCCUGCCCAGGGAAGGAUGUCAUUCUGGAAAGCACCCAGCAGCUCCUCCUUGACCGCCAGGCAGUGUUUGGAAACGACCUCAUCAGCUUGCCUGAAGCUUCCUCGCUUUAUGUUCCCCCUGACAAUGUGGCUUCUUAUCUGUCCUCUGCGGGUGGCCAGGGGGACGUCCCACUGAACCUGAGCUCUUCCCCUGACACCAACCAGUGA